AGCCACGCUCGCUCGCGCGGCCCCUGAGCUCCAGGCUCGCGCAGCGGCGUUUCAUUAGAGCCCCGGGCCCGGGCCGCGCGCCAGGAACUUCCCCGCACGCAGCGAGAUCGACGAUCCCCCGCCCCCCGCCCCGGCCCGGCUCCAGGCCUCGCAAUGUCAGGCACGAGCGCCGCCACAUAAAAUGGAUCCCGGCCGGCGCGGCGAGGACGGCAGGUUCCCGAGGCUCCUCCGCGCUGCGCCCGGGCGCACAAGCGCGCUGUGACCGCCGACCGCUCCCGGGCCACGCGGAGCCGCCCCUCUCCCGGCCCUCGCGCAACUGUCAGGCGAAACGGGCCGGCGGAUAUUGGCUCGGAGACACGCCGAGGCUCCUCCCCGAGUCUGGAUCUUUAUAUUUUGGGAGAAUUUCUUUGAACUCAGUUACCAAGCUCGGUGAAGGAGACAAGUUCCCACAGCUGACUCGGCUCGGCUCGCCCACCCCACCCGCAGCGGCCGCGAGACCUGACUGUAUCCCUCCCUUCCCUCGUGGGAGAGCACGGACUGACUUGGCUGAAGAAAAUGCCAGUUCUACGGAUGUGACCGUGACAAGAGAACGUGCGGCUGGAAGAGGCAGAAGGGGAUGAGGAAAAGCAUGCUUUGAAGAGAAGAAUAAACCAGCGACCCCAACCCUUUCUGCAAAUUGGUGCUGUUACUUGUGGGGUCCAUUUGCUUUCAUUCCCUCCCACCCCACCGCUGAAGAAACCUUGCCCUGAGGGCUGAGAGCCAGCCCCCUACAGCCGGGGACGCUUCUGGGUUGGAGGACCUUCUGCAUGUAGCGCUGGUGGAACCUUUACAUACUCUCCUCUGGAAAAGCCACCAUGAAUUCGGUAGCUGGGAAUAAAGAGAGGCUUGCGGUCUCCACCAGGGGCAAGAAAUGCGGGGUGAAUGAAGUCUGCUCGCCCACCAAGCCCGCAGCGCCCUUCUCCCCGGAAAGCUGGUACCGGAAAGCAUACGAGGAGUCGCGCGCCGGGAGCCGGCCCACUCCUGAGGGCGCGGGCUCAGCGCUCGGCUCCUCGGGGACCCCGUCUCCCGGCUCGGGCACCUCGUCCCCGAGCUCGUUCACCGGCUCCCCGGGACCCGCCUCCCCCGGCAUCGGCACUAGUUCGCCGGGCUCCCUGGGCGGCUCGCCGGGCUUCGGCACCGGCUCCCCGGGCUCCGGCAGCGGCGGCGGCUCCUCCCCCGGCUCGGACCGCGGCGUCUGGUGCGAGAACUGCAACGCCCGCCUGGUGGAGCUCAAGAGGCAGGCGCUGAAGCUGCUCCUCCCGGGACCCUUCCCGGGCAAGGACCCUGCUUUCUCGGCUGUGAUUCACGACAAACUCCAGGUCCCCAACACAAUCCGGAAGGCAUGGAACGACCGGGACAGCCGCUGUGACAUUUGCGCCACUCACCUGAACCAGUUGAAGCAGGAGGCCAUCCAGAUGGUGCUGACCUUGGAGCAGGCAGCUGGCAGUGAGCACUACGACGCCUCGCCCGGCUCCCCACCGCCGCUCUCCAACAUCCCCACGCUGGUGGGGUCCCGGCACGUGGGUGGGCUCCAGCAGCCCAGGGACUGGGCCUUUGUGCCCGCCCCCUAUGCCACCUCCAACUACACAGGCUUCGCCAACAAGCACGGCAGCAAACCCAGCAGCCUUGGGGUCAGCAAUGGGGCAGAGAAGAAGAGCGGGUCCCCCACCCACCAGGCCAAGGUCAGCCUCCAGAUGGCCACCAGUCCAAGCAAUGGGAACAUCCUCAAUUCGGUGGCCAUCCAGGCUCACCAGUACCUGGAUGGCACCUGGUCCCUGUCGAGAACCAACGGGGUCACCCUGUACCCAUACCAGAUCUCCCAGCUGAUGACAGAGAGUGGCCGGGAGGGACUGACAGAAGCAGUGCUGAACCGCUACAAUGCAGACAAGCCUUCCGCCUGCAGCGUCCCAGCCUCGCAGGGCUCCUGCGUGGCCAGCGAGACUUCCACAGGCACGUCGGUGGCUGCCUCCUUCUUUGCACGAGCUGCCCAGAAGUUAAAUCUGUCUUCUAAAAAGAAGAAACAUCGGCCUUCCACUUCUCCUGCUGCCGAGCCACCGCUCUUUGCCACCAGCUUCAGUGGGAUUCUGCAGACCUCACCUCCCCCAGCCCCGCCCUGUCUGCUGAGGGCUGUCAACAAGGUGAAGGACACCCCGGGGCUGGGCAAGGUGAAAGUCAUGCUUCGCAUCUGUUCCACCUUGGCUCGAGAUACCUCAGAAUCCAGCUCUUUCUUAAAGGUGGACCCACGGAAGAAGCAGAUCACCUUGUACGAUCCCCUGACUUGCGGAGGUCAACAUGCCUUCCAAAAGAGAGGCAACCAGGUUCCUCCAAAGAUGUUUGCCUUCGAUGCAGUUUUUCCACAAGACGCUUCUCAGGCUGAAGUGUGCGCAGGCACCGUGGCAGAGGUGAUCCAGUCUGUGGUCAACGGGGCAGAUGGAUGCGUGUUCUGUUUCGGCCACGCCAAGCUGGGAAAAUCCUACACCAUGAUCGGAAAGGACGAUUCCAUGCAGAACCUGGGCGUCAUCCCCUGUGCCAUCUCUUGGCUCUUCAAGCUCAUAAAUGAACGCAAGGAGAAGACGGGCACCCGUUUCUCAGUCCGGGUUUCCGCCGUGGAAGUGUGGGGGAAGGGGGAGAACCUGCGGGACCUGCUGUCGGAGGUGGCCACGGGCAGCCUGCAGGACGGCCAGUCCCCGGGCGUGUACCUCUGCGAGGACCCCAUCUGCGGCACGCAGCUGCAGAACCAGAGCGAGCUGCGGGCCCCCACCGCAGAGAAGGCUGCCUUUUUCCUGGACGCCGCCAUUGCCUCCCGCAGGAGCCACCAACAGGACUGUGAUGAGGACGACCACCGCAACUCACACGUGUUCUUCACGCUGCACAUCUACCAAUACCGGAUGGAGAAGAGCGGGAAAGGGGGAAUGUCUGGAGGUCGCAGCCGCCUGCAUCUCAUUGAUCUCGGCAGCUGUGUGAAAGCUCUUAGCAAAAAUCGAGAAGGAGGCUCAGGGCUGUGCCUCUCACUGUCUGCUCUGGGCAAUGUCAUCCUGGCUCUCGUCAAUGGCAGCAAACACAUUCCAUACAAAGAGAGCAAGCUCGCCAUGUUGCUGCGGGAGUCUCUGGGGAACAUGAACUGCCGAACCACCAUGAUCGCGCACAUCUCGGCCGCGGCCGGGAGCUACGCGGAGACCCUGUCCACCAUCCAGAUUGCAUCGAGAGUCUUGAGGAUGAAGAAAAAGAAGACGAAGUACACAUCCAGCUCCUCCGGCGGGGAGAGCUCCUGUGAAGAAGGCCGCAUGCGCAGGCCCACCCAGCUGAGACCCUUCCACACCAGGGCCACGGUGGACCCCGACUUCCCCAUCGCUCACCUGUCCAGCGACCCCGACUACUCCUCCAGCAGCGAGCAGUCCUGCGACACCGUCAUCUACAUCGGGCCCAACGGCACGGCCCUCUCCGACAAGGAGCUCACCGACAACGAGGGCCCCCCAGACUUCGUCCCUAUCGUGCCAGCCCUGCAGAAGACCCGGGGCGACAGCCGGCCAGCAGAGGCAGGAGAGGCUGCAGCCAGCAAGUCAGAAAGGGACUGCCUGAAGUGCAACACGUUCGCCGAGCUGCAGGAGAGGCUGGACUGCAUCGACGGCAGCGAGGAGCCCAGCAGCUUUCCUUUCGAAGAACUGCCUGCUCAGUUUGGGCCAGAGCAGGCGAGCAGAGGCCCCCGGUUAAGCCAAGCAGCCAGGGCAAGCCCACUCUCUGAGUCUGAUAAGGAAGAUAAUGGGUCCGAAGGUCAGCUGACCGACAGAGAAGGCCCUGAACUCCCAGCCUCCAAGAUGCAGAGGACUCACUCACCUGUGCCCGCCGCGGCACCCGCCCAUAGCCCCAGCCCAGCCUCACCCAGGAGCAUCCCGGGCAGCAGUAGCCAGCACAGCACCUCCCCACUCGUGCAGAGCCCCAGCCUCCAGAGCAGCCGGGAGAGCCUCAACUCCUGCGGCUUCAUGGAAGGCAAGCCCAGGCCCAUGGGCUCCCCCCGGCUGGGCAUCGCCAGCCUGUCCAAGACCUCGGAGUACAAGCCACCCAGCUCUCCUUCCCAGAGAUGCAAAGUCUACACCCAGAAGGGGGUCCUGCCGUCUCCUGCCCCACUGCCUCCCUCGAGCAAGGAUUCCGGCGUGACCUCUAGCGAGGCCUUGCUGCAGCCCGAGGUGCGUACGCCCCCGGUUGGAAUGAGCCCCCAGGUUUUGAAAAAGUCCAUGUCUGCUGGGAGCGAAGGGUUCCUAGAAACUCCUGUCGAUGAUGAGCAGCAGGCAGCUACUCCUUCAGAGUCCAAGAAGGAGAUCCUGAGCACCACGAUGGUGACGGUGCAGCAGCCGCUGGAGCUGAACGGCGAGGACGAGCUGGUGUUCACGCUGGUGGAGGAGCUGGCCAUCAGCGGGCUCCUGGACAGCGGCCGCCCCACCAGCAUCAUCAGCUUCAACAGCGACUGCUCUGUGCAGGCCCUGGCCCCAGGCUCGCGGCCUGUCAGCAUCAUCAGCAGCAUCAGCGAGGACCUGGACUGCUACUCCAGCAUGGCCCCCGUCUCCGAGGUCAGCAUCACACAGUUCUUGCCCCUCCCAAAGAUGAGCCUGGAUGAGAAGGCCCAGGAGGCAGGGAGCAGACGCUCUUCCAUCAGCUCCUGGCUGAGCGAGAUGAGCGCGGGCAGUGAGGGCGAGCAGUCGUGCCACAGUUUCAUAGCCCAGACGUGUUUUGGGCACGGAGAGGCAAUGGCAGAACCUGUGGCCUCGGAGUUUGUCAGCGGCCUCCAGAACACCGCUGUGGUGUGCAGAGAGAAGCCCAAGGCCAGCCCCGACAACUUGCUCAUCCUCUCUGAGAUGGGAGAUGACUCUUUCAACAAAGCAGCCCCCAUCAAAGGCUGCAACAUAUCCACACUGAGCAAGGCCAUGGUCACCAUCUCCAACACGGCGAAUCUGAGCAGCUGCGAGGGGUACAUCCCCAUGAAGACCGAUAUCACGGUUUACCCCUACAUUGCCAUGAGCCCCCGGAACAUCCAAGAGUCCGAGGCCCCCACUGCCACCCCCAAAGCAGGCCCCACAUUAGCCCAGUCCCAGGAGAGUAGGGAAAACAGUGCAAAGAAAGAGAUGAAAUUUGAGGACCCCUGGCUGAAACGAGAAGAGGAAGUGAAAAAAGAGAAUGCUCGUCCCAACGAAGAAGGGAUGAGGUGUGAGACUGCCACGGGCCCCUCGAAUGCCGAGACCAGAGCAGAGCAGGAGCAGGACGGAAAGCCCAGCCCCGGGGACAGGCUCAGCAGCAGCAGCGGGGAGGUGUCAGCCUCCCCCGUCACUGACAACUGCAGGAGGGUCGUGGAUGGGUGUGAGGUGGCCCUGCCUGGUUUGGCCACCCAGAGCCCCGUGCAUCCCAACCAGAGCGUCAAGUCCAGCAGCCUUGGCAGGGCGUUUCAGAAGGCCAGCCGGCAGGAGGAGCCGGACAGCCUCUUCUAUUACUGCGCUGCUGAGACCAACGGGGUGGGUGCAGCCUCGGGCACCCAGCCCUCCAAGGCUACCCUGGAGAGGAAGGUGGCUUCCCCCAAGCACUGUGUCCUGGCUCGGCCCAAAGGGACUCCCCCUCUGCCCCCUAUCCGAAAGUCCAGCCUGGACCAGAAGAACCGGGCCAGCCCUCAGCACAGUGCCAGCAGCAGCGGCACCAGCAGCCCCCUGAACCAACCAGCCGCCUUCCUGGCGGGCCUCCCAGACGAGCCUAGCAGCAAGACGAAGGACGCCAGCAGCAGCAGCAGGCUCUUCAGUGCCAAGCUGGAGCAGCUGGCCAGCAGAACCAACUCCCUGGGCAGGGCGACGGUCAGCCACUACGAAUGCCUCUCCCUGGAGCGGGCCGAGAGCCUGUCCUCCGUGAGCUCCCGGCUGCACGCAGGCAAAGACAGCACCAUGCCCCGCGCGGGGAGGAGCCCGGGCCGCAGCGCUGGGACCUCGCCCCCCAGCUCCGGGGCCUCGCCCAAGGCCAGCCAGUCCAAGAUCUCCGCCGUAAGCAAACUCCUCCUGACCAGCCCCAAAGCGCGCAGCCUGUCCACCUCCACCACCAAAACCCUCAGCUUCUCCACCAAGUCCCUGCCGCAGGCGGUGGGCCAGAGCUCCAGCUUGCCCCCCGGGGGGAAGCACAUGUCCUGGUCCACGCAGUCCCUCAGCAGGAACAGGAGCUCGGGCCUGGCCUCCAAGCUUCCCCUGCGGGCCGUCAACGGGCGCAUCUCAGAGCUGCUGCAGGGCAGCGCCGGCGCCCGGGGCUUGCAGCUGCGGGCCGGGCCUGAGGCGGAGGAGCGCGGGGGUGCCCCGGCCGAGGACAAGCCCGCGGCCGCGCACCUGCUCCCGUCGCCCUACAGCAAGAUCACGCCCCCGCGGAGGCCCCACCGCUGCAGCAGCGGCCACGGCAGCGACAACAGCAGCGUGCUGAGCGGGGAGCUCCCGCCGGCCAUGGGGAAGACGGCCCUGUUCUACCACAGCGGCGGCAGCAGCGGCUACGAGAGCAUGAUGCGGGACAGCGAGGCCACCGGCAGCGCGUCCUCAGCGCAGGACUCCACGAGCGAGAACAGCAGCUCCGUGGGCGGCAGGUGCCGCAGCCUCAAGACCCCGAAGAAGCGCUCCAAUCCAGGUUCUCAGAGACGGAGGCUUAUCCCAGCACUAUCUCUGGACACCUCUUCCCCCGUGAGAAAACCCACCAACAGCACAGGCGUCCGCUGGGUGGACGGCCCCUUGCGGAACAGUCAGAGGGGUCUUGGGGAACCUUUUGAGAUUAAAGUCUAUGAAAUUGAUGACGUGGAGCGCCUGCAGCGGCGACGAGGGGGCGCCAGCAAGGAGGUCAUGUGCUUCAACGCAAAGCUGAAAAUUCUGGAACACCGCCAGCAGAGGAUCGCCGAGGUCCGCGCCAAGUACGAGUGGCUGAUGAAGGAGCUGGAGGCGACCAAACAGUAUCUGAUGCUGGAUCCCAACAAGUGGCUCAGUGAAUUUGACUUGGAGCAGGUUUGGGAGCUGGAUUCCCUGGAGUACCUGGAGGCACUGGAGUGUGUGACGGAGCGCCUGGAGAGCCGUGUCAACUUCUGCAAGGCCCAUCUCAUGAUGAUCACCUGCUUCGACGUCACCUCCAGGCGCCGGUAGAUGAGCCAGACCCUUGUCCUGGCGGUCCCCUGCUCCCCAGGACUUCAGAGAUGUUGCACGCCCCUCGGCCCUCUGUGCUGGGGCAUCAAAGACAAUGAAUGAGGAUGAAGGUUGGUGGCAAGUCUGGAGCGAGCGUUGAGCGGAAGGCGAGUUUUCUUUUGUUUUCUGUAGGAAAGGUGCAAACGCCAAACAAACACUGUGGAAGGAGAAAAGGAUGGGAAGCCCGAGGGGUGUCCAAGCUCUGCGAGACUGAAAAAGCACUUUGAGGAACCUUAAAGACCUUGUUUGUACAUAAGAACUGCUAGCAAAAGAGACCUCACUCUUCUCUUGCUUUCGUGAGAAAGGAGGGGGGUGGACGUAGGAUUGCUGUGGAAAGCGAACACAAAACAACAACAAAAAGACCCAGAAUGACUGAUUAAGUGCCUUGCAAAUCUUUAGUAUUACCCAAACAUUUAUGUUCAUACUUUCUUGUGUACAGAUGGUGCUAGUCAAGAUGAAAACAACAAAACAAACAAGAAAAACAUUUUGGAAACGUAUUCACAGCUCGUUUUCUCUUGGUGUUUUAUCCUAUUUCUGACUUGCUGUUUCUAAGUAAGUUGUGUUUGUAGAGCUAUUUCCUAAUCAGUAUUGCUUAUGAAUAAAUGUUACCUGUCUUUUAUGGUUAUUCUGGUGAGGCCACUCAAACAGAGAGACUUCCUCGGCGCGAGCCAGUGUGUGUGUUUCCAAAGUAGGUUUGGAGCAGCAGGUGACCUCGAUGCCACAUCCCAACAAGCAGCGUGGUCAGGGCAGACCCAGAAGGUUGAUUGAUUGGUUGUGGGGCAGGUGCUUUAGAGAACAGGCGAGGAGACGGACCCUGCAGCACGGGGGAGGAGGAGUCCUUUGCGACCUGGGCCCUCCCUGCUCCUGGGUGGUGGGCUGUGUGUUCUGUAGACAGUUUGCCCCCCUCAAGUCCUCCACACAUGUGGUUCCUUGACCUACAAAUCUACAGUUUGCAAUGCCCUCAAAAUUCAUAUUCAUUUUUAUUCCAAAGACUUGAAGGAAAGCUGGAACCAAUUCACCAGACCCAUAUUUCUUUAGUAUUUUCUAGUGUUGUGGAUUGAUUGAUUAAAGUGGGUUUUUCCCCAGCUCAGAGACCUUCUCAGUCUUGUUCAGAGACUUCAACUGUAUUGGAUUAGAACAAGGAUUCUUCAGACUGUGCAUCUUGUCUGUUGUCCAGAGUACAAAGAUUUCAGCUCUCCUAUGUCCCAAAGCCUCUAUGCCAAGAAGGGACAGGCUUGUCCUCUCAGUCUUUGCUCCUACCCAAAGGCAGAGAGAGCUUCCCCUCCAUAAUUCACACAACCCUGGAUAGGCAGGACAGAGUUGAAGACUAUGGAUGUCUAGGUCUUGGCUCCCAGCAACUCAGGACCUCCACUUCAGAUGUUCCUUCCUAUAACAAUUCCCUUAGGAAUUAUUCUACCCAUUUUAGUGACAGAAACCUGGGGUACAGAGUGGUCAAGGGAUUUCCCUGAUAAACGCUGUGGUGCUGAUAGUGCAGCCCAGAAUCCAAGAGUCCCUGCAGCCUUCACAUCAAGAUGGUACUUAGGCAUGUGCAGAGUACACUUCCCUUUUGCCUUCAAAUGCAGCGUAUCUUCAUGAGCCUAUUUCCAAGCUAGGCUGUCUUUAUUAACCAACAACUCAGCCCCAGCCACUCCCCAAGGGGGGAAAAACACUACCUUUCUUGUCAGUGUACCUCUGGACACUGCAGCCCACACAGCUGGCUGAACUCGGCAAAUGGGAACCAAAGUCUUGUGAGCUUCACAUGACCUGAUCCUUUGUUAUCAGAACAGGGUUCAGGUGGCCCUGUUGGCUCAUGUGCUUUGGAAGCCAGCUCCCUGGGUCACGAGUCUGGCUUUGCACUUUCCAUAAGAGUCUGCUUCUAUGCAAAGGUGCAAACAGGAGACCUUCCCAAAUCUGCUGGCUGAACAGGCUAAACUACGGUGAGAGGCUGCUUUGGAAUGGCUCAGUCUCUCUUCUAUGCAUCUCCCAAGUCUGACAGGUUUGUUGCCCUGGGAAGCAGGACCUCCCUGAGCUCCUUAACCUUGACCCCAUUCUGCAAGACAGUCGUGUGCUCUGGGCUCGCCUCUGGCCUCACAGCACUUGUGUAAGUGGGCUUGCUUAACAGCAAUAUCCUUGGAAGCUUCUGGACCCAAAGGGAAGCCAAUCCUUCGAGUUUGCCAUUGGGCUGCUGGUUGCUGGUUUCAAACAUAUAGUUCAUGAAAAGUCUUUAAUUGGAGAUUUUCAAAGGUGAAUAGUCUGUUUUUGUUGGAAACAAACUCAUCCAAUGAAUCAUCGGUGAGUUUGGCUUUCACCCCUGCCACAUCCUCCCCCAAGGUUCCUUCCAUGCUGCACCACCUUCCUUUAGCCAGUGACAGAGCCUGGUGCCCUUCCUGGACUGAAACUGCUGGAAUCCUUCCGAGGGGAGUGGCAUUCGGCUUGCCUCCUGCCUAGAUCUGCUUUUAUCCAUUUGUAGCAACUUUAUGCUAUAACAAAAGGUUGAAUGAAACCAAGAGUUCUCUUGGCAAGUCAGACUGGCUUCCCAAGACGCCAAUCACAGAACACAUGCCAAUCACAGAACACAUGCCAAUCACAGAACACAUGCCAAUCACAGAACACCUCGCAGGAUCCCGCAGGCCAUGGUGAAGGAGAAUGCUUUAUGUUGAUGUUGUCCAUUCUCUAUUCUCUUUGCUUUUUUUUUGACCUAAAUAAGCUGCAAACAUGUUAAUUUACCAAUAUUGAUAAACCACAUGAAGAAAUCAGGCAUUUUACGUUAUGAUGUGCUUGUUCCUGUCUCUGCCUAUAAAUUGACUGUAUUGAUGAUGAAGGAAGGAGUUCUGGCUGACCAUUCUGAAGCAGUCCUAGUCAUGGAAGGAUGCCUUACCCAGUGGCCAGACAUGAUAGUUCCAGGUCUCCCCUUGGUUUUGGUGAUAGAGAACCCGAGGAGGCAAGGGGGAUGUCAAAGAACCCAUUUCUAUUUCAUUACCCACAAGUGAAAGGACUAGAAAAAAAUAUUUGAAAUUAACAUUUAGAUGCACAGGUCUUAAUUCCUUGUCUGAAACCUGUCCCCCUCACCCCCUGCUCCAAAUAUAUGAGGUGGAAGCAUUAGCAGCAGAGCAAAACUAAGAUCUAAAAACGGGCAAUGGUGCUAUUGUUUCCCUGGGAGUCACUCCACAUCGCACUGCAUGGUGGUGCUGCCUGCUGCGAGGGAGCGAGAGUUUGCUUUAUCAUGGGCUUUCAGUUCCCACCUGCGAACUGCAAACUUUGAUCUUGUUGUCCUUGAAUUCCCCUCUACAUCAUGAGGAAGCUGUCUCUCUCAUCUCUUCUGGAUUUGAAAUCAGAACACUCUGCCUGUUGUUUAUUCGCCAGUUGCCAUUCUUAACAUGGGGGAGCAUUAAGAUGCAAAUGCAGAGAUGUGUCCCGUCUUGACAAAGGUGGGAAUCCCUGAGCCUGAGCUGGAGAAGGGGCUUCUCGCAUGAGAAGCUGGGGUAAAAAGCCAGGCAUCGCAGCAUGGGGAAUUCGGCAGGCAGGAAUCUGGCCUGGUUUGUCAUAAACUAGCCUUCAACUUGAAGUCUAUUAUAUUCUUAUAAGGCGGUAGUGACUUCAGUCCAGCCGCAUCUACCAUCCAGGGUGGCCGUUCAAAAAGUCUUAUACGCACCUACAAGUCUCACGCUUGCUGUUCAGAUUUCUGAUAAAAUCUCAGAGUUCUGUUUGUAUUGACCAAAAAUGCGGUUGUGCCCACUUGGGCGUGUAUCUCAUGUCCUUGUAAACCAGCCACCUUCUUUGGAUAGAAGGCAAGGCUGACAAGUCUGCAGAUUUGUUCAAUGCAAACACAGCCAUCUAUAUCAUUGGCCACUGCUGAUUAUAUUGAGUGUUUUUAGGUUUUUUAGGUUUCUUAUUCCAAAAAGGAUUUUAGACUGUAAAAUGACUAAAGAUGAGUUAAUUUGCAAACUAAAAACGGAAGGAGUCCUGCCUGUACUCAUUGUUCUUUCCUGCUGGACUAGUAACCCAUUCUUGGAGCACACACAGAGUCCCUCACUUCUAAAGACAAUACGUCUUAAACCCUGAAAACUUGCCAGUGAGAAAGAGGUUGAAAGUCCUGUUUGCUAUUAGUUGAGGCUAAGCCGUCUGCUGCCACUGUCCCUGGGGCCUCCAUGCUGCCGCCGGGGUGUGUGACCCAGCUGUCCCCCCAUGAAGGACACUGUUCAGUGCCACCACACAGGAGUCUGGGCAGGGAGGAAAGACACACAGCCCACUUUUCUCUGCACCAAAUGAAACAAAGCUGGAUGUUCAGUGUCACUGAUGCAAGUAAAUGGGUCUCAAAUUUUGGCGGGGGCAGGUGGUACACUUAGUGUUUCUUUGGAUUCUGAUAUAUCUUUUUCCACCUCCAGAAAGUAUCUGUCAACAUCGGUGGGUAACAGCUUAUAAAGUGCAUCACUUAGCAAUCUUCCUGACAAAGUGACACAUUUUAAAAUUACAACCUGUUCAUUAUUUCCAUCAUAAUGCAAGCAUAAUUCUAAUCCAGGAGAAGAUACUGUCUUUUAAGCUCACCUUCUCAAAAAAUUUUUUUCUGAAAAUUCCUAGAAACUAAUUUAUCCCUCCCUAAACAAACACAUUCUGCUUUUGGGUGGCCCUACCCAGAACCUGCAGCAAUGUCAUGACACUGGACACAGUGGGGCUUGGGGCAGCAUCAAGCCUUCAUUGCAUACCAGCCUUAUUCUCUAAGCAUAGUUGUUCCCAAGGUCCACACGGGUGGAGGCGAGUACUGAAAUACCACACUCACACAUCUAUUCCAUGCAUACAUAGAAAUUACCUUCAACACGAAAAAAGAUUCCUUCUUUCAUUCCCUAUCCUGCUAACAGCCCACAUUGUCAUAUUUGAUUUAUGAAGAAGUUCUAAUUUAUUUGUGAACUCAGGAUGUUGUUUUACAGCAUUGCUCGUGUUCUCUCAUUUACUUAUUAUGCAUCACGGUUGGAAAUGCAUCCACGUGCCGUGCAUCAAGGUGGAGAUUUGCUGGAUCUGUCUGUGGCUAUUUUUUUCCAUGUUUUUCUCACUCAAGCAAAGUCUGUUAGUGGAAACAUGGGCCAGGGGAUGAGGGGAGGACAGAUAAAUCAAGAGAAUAGGGAUUAGGGUCCAAUCCUCAGUGCACAGGGCUUAGUUCAAAAUCUAAGCUGUUUCUGUAGUAAGUGGCCAAAUGGGAAAGAUCCCUUCAUUUUGAAUUUGAUGAGGAUGGGCUUGGAAAUCCACGCCCACCGGCUUGCAUGGAAGAGGAUCCAGCCUCUUCCUACUGGCUCAACAUUAAAUUUCUGAGGAAAGUGCUGACAGUAUCGGUUCCCUACAUUUCCCUAAGACUCCCAUCCAACCCCUAGUGCUACUGAAGAGGGUUUGGGAAGGCAACCGGAGUUCCUUAGCUUGGAUAUAUAUAGUAACUGUUUUUUCCUCUGGAAAAACCAAAGUACUUUAGUGAGUCUUACAACCUUAAGGCAUUUUGUCCCCUCACUGGGUCCCGAGGGGCUAGGCCUUGAGCUAGGAGCAAGGACACUGGGCCGCCAGGCCUGGUUCUGUUACUAGCUAUGCAACCUUGGGCAAGCCUCUUCGCUUUGCUGGGCCUCAGGUUCCCGAGUGGAAGACUGGGGGUCAGAACAGCUGCCCUUCUGGGAAAGCAUCAAGAGAAAGUGGUGUAAGUGACGGGAACUGCUUUGAAGAAAUUAAAGGUCUGUCUAGGAGCUGGGGGUAAUCAUUUACAGAUGAAGAAACUGAAGUCUAGUCAUUGAUUGGCCCGAGUUCACAGAGUGGUUUUAUAGCAAAAUGGGGACUUGAGUCCAGCUUAUUGGAUUCUUCCCAUUAGAUCAUAUUGCACCAGGUAUGUGUAGACAUGAACAGAUAUCAUUCCUCUAAGGUGUGUGUACAUACAUGGAUGUGUGUGUACAGGAGGUACCUGACAUGGUGAAAAGGCCAUAGGACAGAAAACCUGAGUUCUAAUUCCAGCUUUGCCAGUUGUCCUGUCCGGGAUAUAUUACCUAACUCCCCCAGAACUCAGUUUUCUAACAUGUAAAAUGAAGACAUUGUGCUCGAAGAUCUUUGUGGUUCCUUCGAGCUCUGGAUCUCUAAUUCCAUGAUUAGUAAUGUAUGUAUGUAUAUAUAAAUACGCUUAUCUGUAGAAAUGGGCCCAUUUGAAAAGUGGAGACAAGGCCUGCCCAAGUGCAUUUAUUGUGCCAGAAACAGCGAAUUCCUAACUAAGUUCAUAAAAUCUUGUUUUACAAUAUAAUGUUAUUGUCUGAAAUCCACUGUUUAACCAGAUGGAAGACUGGUGCCAUUUAAAACGUUAUUAGUUCACAAGUGUUUGCUGUUAAAAUCCUUUAAUAAAACUCAUUUGUUAAAGUCAGAAAUUCAACUCUUCUGUACUUGGGCAGGUCCCAGCAACCCUUGGCAGGCUGGUUUUGUGUAUGGGCCUUUGCAAGCUACAUAAACGUUAGGUGUUGGCUUGAUGAUGAUAAAUAUGAGCAGGCUCCCUGGAGAACAGUCCAGAAAAAAAGAGUUAUAGUUCUCACAAACUGGUGACAUGAAUCCAUUAAGCUGUGUGGCAUUUUCCAGUGUAAAGACAUUGUUUGCUGGCUACGAUCUCUGACUUUUUGUGGCAUAUGAGGUGUAAAAUGUUGUCAAAAAAGAAUCUGGUGUUUAAAAAAAAAUCAAACUAUGGUGGCAUUAAAUGUUCACUUUUAUUCUA